UAUCUGAUCUCAAAAUAUUUAGGAGUAAGACUCACCCCAUUGUUUCUACCUAAAGUCGUGUCAAAGAAAUCUCAUAUAUUUAGCGGCACCGAGGAUAUGCCACCGAAAAACCCAGUAGCCCACGUGUCAAUACCAUCAUCGUAAUUAAAGCAACCAAAUUAUUGUUCAAUCAGCAGAGGGCAAAAGCCUUUGCACAAAGUCCAAACUUUCACCUAACAAAAACAUGAAUUCUAUCAUGAAGUUUCUAUUUGGAAGAUUGAUGAUGUCUUCAUUGUCAUAGAGUGCAACCGAUGUCCUUACAAAUUGGAAUUUCUUCCCUCUCUUCCUUGGCUUGCUUCAUAUUUGGCACAAGGUUGAAAAGAGGUACAAAGAUCUUAUGUUUUUGCUCUGCCAAAUGGUUUCAGCUGAAAGAAGUAAAAUUUGAUGAUAAGAUUGGAUGGUGAGGGAGUUUGGUUGAGUCUUGAAGGACAACUAUGAUAUCAACAUAUCACAAGGAAAGAGGAAAAUCCAGAAAUAGAAUUAGUACAGUUAACAGUACAUUCUAUGCAAUAGGUUGAUGGAUGAAUUACCUGGCUCCGUGGGUACCAGUGCCAGCUUGAGUCUGAGAUUGGGCCAGACCAUGUUCUCUUCUGCUUCACUUCUCUUUAUGUCUUUGGGGGUUGAAUUCUACAGCUACACGGCUUUCUGCUAUUUGGUGACAAUUAUGGGUCUGGUCAUACCAUGGAGUUUCACAUUAGCACUAGUGGAUGGAUAUUCUGUUAUGGUCAAAUGCCCCAUUCGUCAACCUGGAAUACUGCUGAUUAUUGUUGUGGGAGAUUGGGUGUUAUCAACCCUCACACUAGCAGCAGCUUGCUCAACAGCUAGUGUUGUAGAUCUCCUGCUCAACGUGCAGGAGUCCUUUUGCCCUCCAAAGCUUUGUGGCAGGUACAGGAUAUCAGCAAUUAUGGCCUUUUUGUCAUGGUUUCUAUCUUUGGCAUCCUCUCUUCUUAACCUUUGGCUAUUACCCUCUUUGUGAUUCUCAUUUUAAUUCCCCUGUAAAAAUAUUAAAUUAAUCAUUAUUUAUUUGUAGUUUUUUCCUUGAAUUAUAGCAUGAGAAAUACGAAGGGACAGGAUUUUAAAUGAUAUGUAGUCAUAAACACUCGUAUAAUUUGUAUUUGUAAACAUUUAAAGGAUAGAGAAGCUCAAUGUUAAGUUGUACAUAGGAGCAUAGGACAUCUCGAGUCCAAUGAAUGUAUACUCAGCUUCAAAGCAGACAAGUCAGCAACUACAUAAAUGUAACAUAAAUUGU